UCUAGACAUUUUCACAUAUUUGUAGUAAAUGCUGGAUUACUUCCUCACCUAAGUGAGAAGUGGCAAAGCAGGUACUGACUACUAGUCCCUUAUUGGGAAUGGAUGUGCAAGGAAGGGAAUGGGUGACAUAUAGCCAGGGGUUUUUUUUCAGUUGUGUGUGAACAAUUUCUUUUCUUGACUUGAUGGAUUCCUGCCCACUGUUUGUUUAGACUUCUUAUCAAUUGGGAGUGUUUUUAUUUCUGCCUUAUAGACUGGGUCUAUGGCAAGAGAAUUGGUAUAGUUCUACUAUUAUCUAAGAUAAUACUGGCUUUCUAUAAUACCUCUGAUUCUGGACUUUUCCCUGACAUCUUUCGGGAAUAGGCACUAAAGAGAGGGCUUCUUUGUUUUGCUUAUAUGAUGAUAGAUUUUGACUUAUGAGAUAUUCCUUUUAAUCACUUGUGAUCAUGAACUCCAUCUAAUUAGCCCUUUGCUAUUCUGACAGUUUUCACUAUUAUUAUUUAGAGACUAAGACCACUAUCUCUAAUGAAGUGAGAGUUGUUUUUUAGUUGGAAUAUCCACAGGAACAUGGGAAUUAGUCAAUAUUAAAUUGACCAUUUUGUUUUUAUUUCUACCAGCAGGCCAAAGGGUACCAAAGAUAAAAAAUGUUUAUUCAAAUUUCAAAGUCUCAAUUCUUAUUUAGAGAUAAGCUUGCACCUGUGUUUAUAAAACCUUUGGAUUCCAUGCUUUCAAUUGCAUUUACGCAAAGCCCAUCAAUGGAUCUCUUCAUAGUCCUGGUGAUUUGUCUCUCUUGUUUGAUUCUUUUUUCUCUGUGGAAUGCAAGCUAUGGCAAAGGAAAACUGCCACCUGGCCCCACUCCUCUCCCAGUUGUUGGAAAUAUUCUACAGUUAAAUACUAAGAACAUCAGCAAAUCCAUAAGCAUGCUAGGAAAAGAUUAUGGCCCCGUGUUCACUGUGUAUUUUGGAAUGAAGCCCACCGUGGUAUUGCAUGGAUACAAAGCAGUGAAGGAAGCCCUGAUUGAUCGGGGAGAAGAAUUUUCUGACAGAGGACAUUUUCCAGUGAUAGAAAAAAUCACCCAAGGAUCCGGCAUCGUUUUCAGCAAUGGAAAAAAGUGGAAGCACACCCGGCGUUUCUCCCUCAUGGUUUUGCGGAAUAUGGGGAUGGGGAAGAAAACUAUUGAAGAUCGAAUUCAAGAAGAAGCCUUGUGUCUGGUGGAAUUGUUAAGAAAAACCAAUGCAUCUCCUUGUGAUCCCACUUCCAUUCUGGCCUGUGUUCCCUGCAAUGUGAUCUGCUCUGUGAUUUUCCAGACUCAUUUUGACUACAGUGAUCAGAAAUUUCAAAACUUCAUUAAAUAUUUUCAUGAAAACUUUGAAAUUCUAAGCACCCCUUGGAUACAGCUCUACAAUGCUGUCCCUCUAUUACAUUAUCUCCCAGGAUGUCACAAAGAUUUCUUUAAAAACUUUGCUCACCAAAAAGAGUUUAUUUUGGGGGAAAUAAAAGAGCAUCAAGAAACUCUGGACAUUAAUAACCCCCGGGACUUCAUUGAUUACUUCCUGAUUAAAAUGGAGAAGGAAAAGCACAAUAAAGAGUCUGAAUUUACCAUCGACAACUUGGUCAUUACGAUAUUGGAUCUGUUUGGUGCAGGAACAGACACAAUGAGCACCACAAUGAGAUAUGGCCUCUUGCUCCUGCUCAAGCACCCUGAGAUCACAGCUAAAGUCCAGGAAGAGAUUGACCAUGUGAUUGGCAGACACCGGAGCCCCUGCAUGCAGGACAGGAGCUGCAUGCCCUACACGGAUGCCGUGGUGCACGAGAUCCAGAGAUACAUUGACCUCACCCCUACCAUCUUGCCCCAUGCAGUGACCCAGGAUGUUCAGUUUAGAGAGUUCUUAAUUCCAAAGGGCACAAACAUAUUAAUACAUCUGUCUUCCAUCCUGCAUGAUGAGAAAGAGUUUCCUAACCCAGACCAGUUUGACCCUGGCCAUUUUCUGGAUGAAAGUGGCAACUUUAAGAAGAGUGACUACUUCAUACCUUUUUCAGCAGGAAAAAGAAUUUGUGCUGGAGAGAGUCUGGCCCGCAUGGAGCUGUUUUUAAUCCUGACCAGCAUUUUACAGAAUUUUACCUUGAAACCUCUGGUUGAUCCAAAGGACAUUGAUGUCACCCCAAUUUCCAAUGGGUUAAACUCUAUACCCCCCUUCUAUGAGCUCUGUUUCAUUCCUGUUUGAAGAAAGUGCAGGCUACCAGACUUCAGUGCAAGACCAUCCACCCGCAUAUGAACAAAUCUGUUGUUUUCUGACCUGUGUAUCAGCCAUUAGCUACCCUUUUCUUAACAGAAGGAAUGUUAUCUGUGAGCAUUUCCUCUUCUAAUAUUUGCCAUCCUUCAAGAUCUGUUUCAGAUUUUCCUGCAUGAUAGAAUGUUCACUGUUUUGUAAUUCAAUCUACAUUAUAAACUACAUCCUAUUUGCAGUGUAUGCCAAAUGGAAAGCACACUACCCAUGUUAUAUUUUGCUUUCCUACAAAUUGAAUCAGAAAAUUUCCUGAGAUUUAAAAAAAUUGAAAAUAAAACAAAUAGGCGGCACCCAAAGCUCAGUCAGCAGGGCGCCAGCUACAUACACCUAGAGUGAUGGGUUCAAACCCAGCCUGGGUCUGCUAAGCAACAAUGACAACUGCAACCAAAAAAUAGCUGGGUAUUGUGGUGGGUGUCUGUAGUCCCAGCUGCUUGGGAGGCUGAGGCAAGAGAAUUGCUUAAGCCCAAGAGUUGGAGGUUGCCGUGAGCUGGAUGCCACCGCGCUCUACCUGGGUAGACAGCUUAAGACUCUGUCUCAAAAAAAAAAAAAAAGAAAAGAAGGAAAAUACAAUAAACAAAAUUCACUCAUCUCUUAGUCUUAUCUAACUCUCCAGGGAAAUGGUCUCUUGACAGUUUGGCAUGUAUAUUUUCUGUGUUUUCCAAUGGUUAUUAAAGUGUAAUUAUGGAUGUAUAUGUCUGUGGUAGGUAUGUUUAUGUAUGGAUGUGUAUGUUCAUACAUGCAGGGAGAACAAAAGGGAAGAUCAUUCUAGCAGUGGGAAUAACAUGGGAGAAAAUUUGAAUUAGCCAGUCUGUCCAGGGAUGUCCUUCCUUUCCCCCUCAGUGGUUAAAUACACAAAAACAUAGACACACACCCAAAUACAGACACAGACAUACUAAGGCAAAGAAGAGGGAAAUAUGUAUAUAUGGUUACAUUUGAACACAUGAAACAAAGUCCCUCAUAUACAAGGGAACUUCAUUGUCUAACAUGUUGUUCACACCUGCACUCCCAGCACUUUUGGAGGCUGAGGGCAGAUUUCUUGAGGCCAGGUGUUCAACACCAACCUGUGCAAUAUAGUAAGACCUGGUCUUUUAAAAAAUUAAAAAACAAAAAACAAAACCCCCCAAACUAUCUGGGCAUAGUGGCAUAUACCCAUAUUCCUAAUUUCUUGGGAGGCUGAGGUAGGAGGAUUGCUUGAGGCCAGGUGGGAAGUUAAAGGUUGCAGAUUUCCAUGCACUGACCUUAGUUUUUCUGCAAAUCAUUGAGACAGUGAGGGAUGAAGGGCCUGGCAGGACUACAUCUGAGUCUGAGGAUCCUCACAGAGACCUUCCUUCUUCGGGACUUAUACCUGGACUCUGGACCUUCCAGAGACUGAUUCUAAGAACAGCAAAGAUUAAAAGUGAGAUUCUGGGGAAAGCAGGAUUCACUCUUUUUUAAAUUUCAGAUUAAUAUGAGGGUACAUAUGAUUAAGUUACAUUGUUUGUGUUUGUUAGGUAAGAUCCACAUUGUAGUUGAGUCUUUCCCCCACGAGUCAUGCCACACACCCCUAUACUGCACCCAUUAAGGUGGGCGCUUACUGAGCCCCAUUUCCGCUUCUCCCUCUCCUCUUCUUAAUUUAAUUGUGUGCUCAAUACUAAUUUGAAACUAGUAGAUAAAUAACUACAGAUCCACAUGAGAAAGCUUCUCUUUUAUAAUUUUAGGAAUAGCCAUUUUGGAUUCAUGGGAAACUUGAGAUUGGGAAAUGAACGUGAAGGACAGCCUACAUUCAAGGUGAUUGUCUGAGGAGAGGAACCCUCCUGUGUAGGAGGAAGCCAUACUCUGUGCAUAGAGAUCAGGGAACAAAUUCUCCUUGCCAAAUGUUUCAUCAGGGUCACCAUAUAGAAAUGCAUGCUUAAUCAUACUUGGGAGGUUCUCUGUCUCAAGUCUACAAGCUCUUCUCUGCAGAUGGUGAGGUUUCUUUUAGACUCAUGGCUAAAUGAUCAUGGACUUUUGUUUCCAGGAUCAGAAUCUGCCUCUGAGAAGAAGAAAUGGCUCUUUCCAACAUUUCUUGUAGAUUUUUGAUUCCCUUUAUAUAGGUUCCAGGUCUUUAUUUUUAUACCUCUUGAAGUCAUUUAAGAACUUCUCACCUUUUGCUGCAAGUCAUGAUUUGCCUUAACAGGUAAUAAUCUAAGACAAUCAUUUAUUUGUAUUGAUAAAGGGAAGUGAUUUCAUUUCCUUUCUCAUUAAUAUUCAUUCGUGUAUACCAAUUAAAAGACAGAAACUGUCAGAAUAAAUCAAAAGAUCAGACUCAACUAAAUCUAUGUUGUUUACAAGAAAUCCACUUAAGGAUUAACAAAAUGUGGCAUAUGUAUAUUAUGUGCCAUAUAAAAGAAUGAAUUAAUGCUUUUGCAGCAAUUUGGAAGAAACUGGAGAUCAUUAUUCUAAGUGAAGUAUUUCAAGAAUGGGAAAACAAACACCACCUUUACUCUCUAACAAAUUGAAACUAACUAAGGGGGACACAUCCACUGUCAGAAACUAGGGAAUGAAGAACCAAUUAUACACAAAGCAAGAAAAAAACAAAAUGAUAAAAGUCAAGCCCUACUAUGAAACUAAGUUAGGGUUUUCAUAUGAAAGCUAUAACCCAGUUACAACCUAAGACUAGGGGGAAGGGGGAAAAGCAGAGGAGGGAGGGGGGAGGUGGGUAGAAGGAAGGUGAUUGGUGGGAUUACACCAGCGGUGCAUCUUACAAGGGUAUAUGUGAAACUUGGUAAACGGUCUGUGAAGCUAGUGAAUGAUGCCCCAUGAUUAUAUCAAUGUACACAGCUAUGAUUUAAUAAAAAAAAAAUGAUAAAAGUCAGAGCAGAAAUCCAUGCAUUGGAAAAGUAGGAAUCUGUGAGAAACCAAUGAAUCCCAAAGCUGAUUCUUCAAAAAUAAAAUUAGUAAACUUCUGUUUAGUUUGAAUUUUUAUUGUUUGGGGUUCAUUGAAGGUACAAAGAAUUAGGUUACACUGAUUGUGGUUGUUAGGUAAAGUCCCUCUUGUAAUUGUGUCCCACCCCCAAGAAGUGUACAACUUCUAUAAAAAGAGAGAAUGCACAUUUUAUUAAUGUCAGAAUUAAAAGAGGGGCCAGGAGCAGUGGCUCAUGCCUGUUAACAAAUCACUCUGGGAAAUCACUCAAAUAUUCCUUUGAGCUCAGGAGUUCAAGACUAGUCUGGGAAGGUGAGAAACCAUCUCUACUAAAAAUACAAAAAAAAAAAAAAAACAAAAAAAAACAUAGUUGAGUGUGGUGGCACAUGUGUGUAGUCCCAGCUUUUCACGGGGCUGAGGCAGGAGGAUUGCUUGAGCCUAGGAACAGUGUGAGUUAGGCUCAGGCCAUGGCAUUCUAGUCUAGGUGACAAAGCAAAAUUCUAUCUCAAGAAGAAAAAAAAUGGAGAAUUAAAAGAGGGCCAUCACUACUGACUGUUACUGUGAACACUAGAACGAUAAUAAAGUAAUAUUAUACACAAAUCUAUGUGCAUAAAUAUAAUAAUAGAUGAAGUGGGUCCAUCUUUAAAGACAGAAUCCACAAAAACUCACACAAGAAGAAAUAGAUAAUAUGAAUAGACAUUUAUCUGUUAAUUUAACUCAAUAAAUAGUUAAUACCUCCAAAAAAGAAUCACCAAACCCAUAUAGGUUCACUGGUAAGUUCCACCAAACACUUGGAUGGGAUGAAAUUAUACCAAUUCUCUAAAAUCUCUUUGGAAAGGGAGUAACUGUGGGAAUUCUUCCCAACUGAGUCUAUGAGGCCAGCAUUACACUAAACCCAGAACCAGAGAAGGAAAUUAUGAAAAAGAAAAACUAGAGACCAAUAUAUCUAAUGAAAAAAGGUAUAUAUAUCCUUAACCAAGUAUUAGAAAAUUGUAUUCGCCAGUAUAUAAAAUGAAUUACACACCACUACCAUGUGGAAUUUAUCCAGGUAUUCAAGACUGGUUAAAUAUUUAAGAAUCAACAAAUGUACUCCAUCACUUCAAUUUGCUAAGGAAGAGAAACUACAUGAUGAUAUUCAUUCAGAUGGAAAUACAUUUGACAACCUUCAAUGCAACUUGAUGAUAACACUGUCAGCAAACUAGGAAUUGCAGGGAACAUUCUCAAUUUGAUAAAGAACAUCUACCACUACCUUACAGUUAACAUCAUUGGUGUAAAAAAACCUUGAAACUGUUGGGCUAAUUACAAGAACUAGGCAAGAUGUUUCAUCUCACUACUCUUAGUUGUCAAUAUUCUUGAAAUCUUAAGUAAUGUAAUAACAAGAAAAGGAAAUAAAAGAUAUAUUGAUUGUCAAAAAA